AUGGAAAUCAUUGCAGCAGAGGAUGGAGUUGGCCAACCAGGUGCCUCCCCCAAUGUUUUUGAACGAUGCCCUCCAUCAGCUGCCAGGGUGGCGAAGGCCAAUGCGGAGAAACAGACGCGGGCAGCGGAAGAUCCCCCGCUUUUGUCGCUCGAGUCGACGCCGGGCUGUUUGGUCUGCCGGUUCGCUACCUCGCCUCGGCUGCUGCAUUGUCUUCCCCUGCUUUACAACACAGUCAUUAUAUCCCUAAACCACAUUGUGAUACACUGUGGCUUCUGUUUACGACUCCCCAAACUCCCACUUCAUAUAUCAGCUGCCAUAAAACCCAUCAAACCGCUGGUAGUAAAAUGGAGCACAGUGGUCGACGCAGGAGCCGGGCGGAAUUGUGUGAUACCCUACUGUGGUUAA